GACAGACCGCCUGUCACGGUGAGGGGGCAGACAGCACCGCGCUGCGCCUCCUGCCCACCGGGGCACCCCCCCGGACCCUGGCUGGGAGGACAAGGGGGUGGGGGCCCCCAAACUGCGCGGCAGCCAUUUGGGGUACCAGUGUCCAUUUGGGGGGCCUGGACUUCCUCGGAGGACGCCCCAUUCAUAAAAUUCCGUACUGGACCCUCACCGUUGGGGAACUCAGGGGACCACUCCCCCCGGGAAACAGAUGUGUGGGGAGCGUAGGGCAUCCAGAAAGCCCGGCGUCCCAUCCCAGUAGGCCCUGGUGCGGGGGGGACCCCUGCCCUCUUUCUCUGCUUCACCUGUUGUCGGGGGAGGCGGGCGGACAAAGGAAGCAGCGUCACGUGACUGCUCAUUCACAAAAUCCCAUCCCAUUGAGAAAAGGGGGCUGGGGGCGCUGCGGCCGCCCCUUCCCCUCCCCAAGGGCUGGGGAAACCCGGCAGCCUGCAGGUGGGGGAAGGGGCUAGACCUCGUUGCUGGGGUCCCUAAGGCUGGGGCGCCAAGGUCCCUGCGCUCGGCGGUAGUGAGGGGUUGGACGCUGAUCCCGAUUACUGGGCGGAGGGCUACGUCCCUUGAGCUGGGGGGCGGGGUAAGAUGGUUCUGAAAGAUGCUGGGGCGGAGAGGGAGAGGAGGAGGGAUCAAUUCCCCCCGCCCCCCACCCCCCGCAAUCUCUGCCCCUUGCCUUUCCUCGGCAGGGGCCUGAGAGAGCAGGCUUGAUUUUUGUGAAUGAAAUGCUCUCUGGAUGUGUCUCGGUCGCCCGUUUCUGGCUUCCUCUGCCUCCAUCUCCCUUUCGGCCUGUCUCUGGCCAUUUCUGGUUCUCUCCCUGCUCCCUGCCCAUCUCCCGUUGCUGGGUGACUCAGUGAGCUUUGCAUCCGGUCUCAUUCAUAAAUCCGGGAAGGGGUGGGGGGGAAGAGAGCCUGGGUUUCUCACCCAGCCAGUGGCCUGGGCGGCAGGGUGCGGAGGCAGUGUAGGGGGGACUGGAGCUGAGUUGAUGGGCUCUAAGAAAAUACAUAUGCGCAGGCACCCAGCUGUGAGGGGGACGAUGGGUGGGGCCGUGGGUACGUGCUGAGGGAGGAGAAGGAGACAGGGUUGAUAGGGGAUGAGCAGGAGGAGGAAGGGAAGUGGAAGAGCAAAGCUAUGGGGGUGAGGAUGGGAAAGAUGGGGAAAGGGAGGAAAGGUGGGUAUGGAGAAAAAAGGUAGAUAUGGAGAAGAAGGUAGGCAUGGGAGAAAAGAGAUGGCAAGAGGAAGAAAGAAGCCAUGGUGGAAGAAGGUGGGCAUAAGAGAGGUGACGGGUAUGGGGAGACAGUGGGCCUAGGGGAGGAGGUGGGUGUGGAAGGUAAGGUGAGUAGGGGUGGCUAAGGGUGCAGUAGAUCCAGCUGUGAGGGAUGAAGAGCAGAGAUGAGGGUUGGGGGAACACUGAAUUGGAGAGCAGGAUUGACGCUCACUGACCCUGUUGUCCCUGUCCCCCCACCUCCUCCAGGUACAUGGUUCGGGUCCGAGCCGUGGUGAUGGCCCGAGAUGACUCCAGUGGGGGCUGGCUGCCUGUGGGGGGCGGGGGCCUCAGCCAGGUGAGCGUAUGUCGGGUCCGAGGGGCCAGGCCCGAGGGGGGGGCCCGCCAGGGGCACUACGUCAUCCACGGGGAGCGCCUCCGGGACCAGAAAACCACCUUGGAGUGUACCCUGCGGCCAGGCUUGGUUUACAACAAGGUGAACCCCAUCUUCCAUCACUGGAGCCUGGGUGACUGCAAGUUUGGGCUGACGUUUCAGAGUCCGGCAGAGGCUGAUGAGUUCCAGAAGAGCCUGCUGGCAGCACUGGCUGCGCUGGGUCGAGGCUCGCUCACCCCCUCCUCCUCCUCCUCCUCUUCCUCCUCCCCUUCCCAGGAUACCGCAGACACUCCCUGCCCUCUGACGUCCCACGUGGACAGCGACUCCUCCUCCAGUCACAGCCACCAGGAGACGCCUCCCACCGCAGCGGCGGCCCCCAUCGUCACCGUGGAGUCAGCUUCUGGCUUCGGGCCGGCCACGCCCCCCCAGCGCCGCCGCUCGUCAGCUCAGAGCUACCCUCCGCUCCUACCGUUCACGGGGAUUUCGGAGCCUUCAGAACCCCUGGCCGGGACAGGGGGGCUGGGCUGGGGCGGCCGCGGCUAUGAGGAUUACCGACGAGCUGGGCCACCCGCACCCCUCGCCCUAUCCACCUGUGUCGUGCGCUUCGCCAAGACCGGCGCGUUUAGGGGCGCAGCCCUGGGGCCCCCCACAGCCCUGCCCGCCCCUCUCACCGAGGCUGCGCCUCCAGCACCCCCGGUUCGCCCACCCCCGGGCCCCGGCCCGGCCCCUGCACCUACCAAGGCCUCCCCGGAGGCGGAGGAGGCGGCGCGCUGCGUGCACUGCCGCGCGCUCUUCCGCCGUCGCGCCGACGGGCGCGGCGGCCGCUGCGCCGAGGCCCCGGACCCGGGUCGCCGGCUGGUGCGCCGUCUCAGCUGCCUGUGGUGCGCCGAGAGCUUGCUCUACCACUGCCUGUCGGAUGCCGAGGGCGACUUCUCGGACCCGUGCGCCUGCGAGCCGGGCCACCCGCGCCCCGCCGCGCGCUGGGCCGCGCUGGCCGCACUCUCCCUCGCCGUGCCCUGCCUCUGCUGCUACGCGCCCCUGCGCGCAUGCCACUGGGUCGCAGCGCGAUGCGGCUGCGCAGGCUGCGGGGGUCGCCACGAGGAGGCGGCGCGGUGAGGACGGCCUGGUGGGUCCGGUAGCCGGACCGAGGACCCAAAAUUGAGGGUCCAGGACCCCGGACUCCGUUCGGACCCCAAACCCAAACCUAGACACACCCGGAACUUGGAGCUUGAGUUUGGAUUGAGAGACCCCAGACCUGGAACCUGGACCCCAAAUGUAGGACUGAGAGACCCCAGAACCAGCUUCAUUGGGAUGUCUGUCCAAGAGGUCCCAGGCAUCCUGAGUUCUGGCGUCCCCGUUCUCCAUCCCCACUCCGCCCCGCUCUGGCCUAGACUGAGCAGAUUCCAGGGAUGCCCAGACUCUUCACCUCAGGCAGGCAGGGGAGCACACGGAUCCCUGAGAAUCGGGCUCUGAAUCCUGACUCACUGUUCAAAUUACCAAUCUAGACCCAGUCAUGCCUGGCACCAUGAACCCUCAAAUUACAACCCCAGAAUUAGGAGUUGCCGGUACCUGACCCUGCCUGUAUACAAUUACUCCCAGAUCUUGAGACCCUAAGACCCAGAAUCACCCCCAAAUCGUUCCUGAAUGCUCACCUAAAACUCGGAGCACCUGUAUCUGAGAUGUUCUUGUAGCCCCAGGACUUCUUAGAUACCGAAUCCUCUUAAGAUACUCUGAGUCCUUGGAUGUGCUCAAACGGAUGUUCUCUGACCCAAAUGACUUGGGAGACCCAUCUCAGAGCCCCCCUCCCCACACGCACACUGCCCAAGGUCCAGAAUUAAGACUCCAAGAUGCUCUGUGAGCCAGGGAUCAAAGAAGUCUGUAGACCACCAACACCAAGCUGUGUUCCCAGGAGCUUUCGACUUCAUAUGUAGGACUCUGAGAUGCCUAGUCCCGCAGGUGUAAGACUGGAGGCAACCAACACCUCAGGGCCCAACACAUUGGUCCCAGCCCCUCAGAUAGCUCUCUUCCAAUCCUCCUUGGACUUGCAUUUCAAGCCCCAGAAUGUCCUGGAAUCUUUGGCUUCUUCGUACCCACAAAUUCCCCAAUCCACUAAAGGCUGGGAGCCCAGCUCCCACAAGAUGGGAUGUUCAUGGCAACUCAGACCUCUGACCCCUUGCCCCUGAGUGACCCCAAGGUGCUUUAGGAGCACUAGAUCCAAGACCCCAAGGUGCCAUUGACCCCCAAAUUCAGCACUCAAGCCUACACAAUAUUGGGAUCGUCCCUGACCCAAGACCUUGGUCCCUCCAUACCAGAGACAAAUCUGAGGCUCCCUGGGACCCUAGCACCUUCAGAUCCCAGAUUUCUUUGGACCCAAACCUCUCUAGCCUGAUACUUCCCAGGCCCAGCUUGUGCAUUCCCUGAGACCUGCUGCCCGUUGAAUCCUGCCAUCCAUACGCCCCUGAAACCCCAAGUUCCCAGACACUGGAAUUCUAGUCCCAAGGGCUCCAGCCCAAGCUCUCAGUAUCCCACAGAACUACCCCUUUACCCUAAGGGGAAAAAAACAUUUUGAGGUAAUGUUCCUGGAUUCCAGGACCAACCAAGAGCACCCCUGCUCCCAUCUCUAGGACCCAGCAUUGCUGUAGAUGAUUGUGCAAGCUGUUCAUGAAGCAGAGGCACACAGCCAAGGUGGUGAGUGGGGCUGGCCAUGCUGUGCCCUCAGAGGAAGGUGGGCAUUGCACAAAGGCAACUAGAUAUGGCUCUAUUGGCACAAAGGCCACACACACACAUGCCAACCUUGCAGACUCUCUUCCAAGCCCAACUUUGAGUCCUAGCCCUAGUCCAAGCCUUUUAUGAUCUGCCCCUCUGUUAACUCCUUCUCUUCCAUUUCAGAGUUGGGGGUUGUUUCAGAAAGUUUGAAAGCGUGGUUCAUGGCCCAUUGAGAGUCCUCUUCUGGGGAAGGGGGAUUCCAAGGUCACUUUCCCCUGAGUGGAAUGGGACUUCUAGUGUACCACAGAUCUGAUGGCCUCCUGCGUGGGGGGACGGGUAUCACGGUCUUGGAGCAACACAAUCUCAAUGUUGUACGGGCUUGGGACCUGCAUCUGGUCCCGAGCACCUUGAAAUGUGCACUUACCUUUCCUCAUUACCCAGACUUGGAUAGCCUUGUGGGGGUUCAAGGGAUAGGUCAAGGGGGCCAGAGGGGUGGAUCCUCCUGUCACUUCCUUUAAAUUAUUAACUAUUUAUUAUAUCCGGAACCUGUGAGAUUCAGCUCUCUCAAGCAGACCCUGGGAUGGGUGAGAGAAAAGGGGGGUGUCCCUCCCAUCCCCACUCUGCCCAGCUCUCAUCACUGUCAGACCCACCAGAGCUGAGGGCGGAGGGACUGGAGGCUGGGGCAGCCUGGGUCCCCAUCCCCCUCUCUGUGCCUCGGUCUCCUCCCUUCCGUGGUGGGCGGGGGGAAGCUCCAUUCUUAACCUACCUCGUUUUGGGGAGGGGUGGGACGGGGGACCAGAGUGCUGUAAGGUGCUGCGGGAUCUGCGGAUGAAGUGGGGGGCUGGGGGACGGUUCCCUGGCUCCCACCUCCCAGCACCGCCUCUCCCAGGUCUCCCAGUCCUGCUCCCUGCUGAUACCCACCUCUGAUCCAUGAUUACUCUUCAUCACCCCUAGAUCAGGGGUGCAUGGAGGGAUGACCCUGGGAGCCAGGAAGACCUCAGACCCUGGAGCCCCCAGGCCCAAUUUCCCAGCUGCUUGCCCCUCAGAUUGGAUGCUUGGCCCCCAUACUCGGGAGAGGCACCCCGACAUUUAUCUUCCUGAUCUUGAUUCUAAGCCAGUCUGUGACCUCAAUGUUGUUAUCAGGGCAGGCUGAAGUAGCGGGGGAUGAUGCGGGCCGAAGACCCAGCCUUGUCAUCGGGGGAGGGGGCAUGAGAUAUCGGCUCCAAGAAAUGUCUGUGACAAAGUC